GGUGGCAUGCUUGUCAGUUUGUGGGUGCGAUCCGCUGGCAGCGCUGGGUGAAAUUGUUGCGACAGUGUUGAUUGUUACCGGGAUGCAUUGUUCUGACUCAGUGCAUGUAAGAACCGCAGUAUGGUCAUAAUGCAUUCGCUGGUGCUCCUAAUAGCCACAGCUCUGCUCGGUGCAGUUGGCAUCCAGAUCACUGACCUCCGGGUGCCAUCUGUUGUCCGGAACAACUCGGGAUCGGCCGCGCUACUUGACUGCGAUUACACGUUGAAGCCGGAAGAACUCGCCGCCCACUCGUACGCGGGUCUGGUGGUAAAGUGGUACUUCAACAGCAGUCCCAGCCCGGUGUACCAGUGGAUCCCGGGACAGAAGCCGCAGGACCUGGGCAUCCUAAAGGGCAAGCUGGACUUGAAGCACCGCUCCUCAGACCACGGAGCCACCAUGUACCGGGCUCUGUACAUACGAAACCCCACGACGGAACUCUCCGGCGAGUACAAGUGCCUCGUGUCGACCUUCGACGACGAGGACUUCAUGACCAAGAAGAUGGUCGUCUUCGCGCCAGAAAAGAAAUUGUACGUCACCUGGUGGAAGCAUGAUUCAGGAGUAGUCAAUAUUACUUGCAUCGCUCAGGGUGUGUAUCCAGAACCAAAGAUGGCGCUGUACUUGGGUAGUAAAAAUAAGGACAGCCUAAAGGAUGUCGUGGUAGAGGUGACGAAGGAACACAGGUGCUACGACAUCUCGGCUACGAAGGUCUUAGACGGUACGGAUGUGCAGGCAACCACCAUGUUCGUCUGUGAGCUGAGGAUACCUGAAGCGAACUACAUGGUUACAAGAAGCAUAGUCUAUUAUCCAGGAAUAUCUCAUCCACUCAGUGAGAGUGGGGCAGAUGACUUACACUGCAGGCGAAUCAUCGUAAUGAUGAUCUUGUUAGCGCUUGUCUCCUUAUCACCGGCAGUCUGGUAAAAACAGGGCAGCGGCUGUUGACGUGUCAUUAGCAGUCAUUCAUGGCAUCAGUCACCUAGUGAAGUUCUGAGGACUGAAUUAAAGUUUUCAUCCGAAUUAUUGUGUGAAAUAAUCAAGUAGUCUGAGUAGAAUACACACUGGCGAAGACAUUCUAAAUGUCUGAUUUGUUUUGGUUUUGGGCCUAAGAACGUUGCAGGUAUGCAAAAUUACCACAACAAAAUUGUACAUGGACUUGUUACCUACGUUUAGAUGUUCUUCCUGAAAAAUAUGUAACUUUUCCUAUGUCAUGUGCUAAUAUUCAAGAUGGCGAUGUAGCAUGAUUAAUCAUGCGUACUGCGUGGCGAAAAUAAUUGUCAUCCUUUUAACGACUAUGGUAGAGAUGAGCAUUAGUAAUUUAGUGUACACAGAGAUUUAUUCAAUUCAGUUGAGUCGUAUCACAAAAAUAUUUUCAAUUUGAACGGAGGAAGUAAGUAUUUUACUGAUAAUUCGAUUGCAUUGCUUUUCGUACGAAUCCAUUUUCUUUGAUUAUGACUUUAACCUGUUGUUUUCUAUUUUUGCCCGGCUGAUUGGAUGCUACGCCUUGAUUCGAGAGGCCACACUUUUUCAGUUCUUUGUUGUAGGUGAGAAUGCGGUUAUUUUAAAUCGGUACAUGACGUAAUCCUUAUUUGCCAAUUUUUGCUUCGUUCUACAUUGUUUGGAUGUGGUGCUGAAAGUGAGAAUGGUCAGCUGAAAAAGAAGUAACGAAUAGAAGAAUCUGUAAGUAAAACAACACACUAAAUUAGACAAGCAUAUAAACAGAAACUUAAAAUAUAAGAAUUGUGUGUUAACUUUUCCAUUAGCAUAGUUAAUACUCUGCUGACGUAUGUCAUGAAGGAAAGCUGUUAACAGGGAAUAUGAUGUUUGAUGUCUGCACAGAAUUAUCGUCACAGCUGAGAUAUUUAAUUUAUCGCACUUAUCCGCACUAACGCAACACAGAUGCAUUUCUGCUACUUGUGUCGUUAUCAUUUUUUUUACAGAGAUCAUCUCAUACGAUAAUUACUAAUCAGUAUGUAACAUUUUAUUUAGAUAUUUACCUUCAAUACUGUCGAAUUUUCAUAUUUCGGGCAAUGUACUUAUGUCGCAGGGCAAUGUCAUUCAAACGUAAGUAUUAAUUUCCAAAACCUAUCAACAGGUUGCACUAGCAGCAAAUUCUUCACCUUUCAAUUGCAGAUUCUACAAUCACGUUUAGUCUCUUCGUGUUGUCAAUGUUACUAUUUUAACGCCGUCUUUCUGUCGUGUUUUAAUUUUAUGUUAUUAAUUCUGUGUAGAAUUCUAGCUUUCAUGCGCUGAAGGAAUAUCAUAGCAAAUAUUAAAACAAUUUAAACGGUGUUACGAAGUAUAGUAUAAAUGUGUUAGAACUUGCUCGUGGUUUUUCAGAUCAAUAUUUCUUUGCUACUAAACUUAUCCUUAAGAAUAACUUGCUGAUGUCAUAUGAACCAUGCAACGAUACUAAAGAGGGCAGAAAAUAUCCCAGAUGACCAUCUUCGGGGGAGGGGAGGGGGGGGGGUUGAGAAAUGUUUUUGGACAACCGUCGUGCAAGGAAAGUCGCUCGAUGGUCCCAUUAAGGAUUUCCUUUGCCCAGACUGUAGUGCGUAUUAUCUAAGAAUCACUACACGUGGGCGACCUAGACUUGAAGACUUCGUCGUUUAUGGGGUUUAUCUCGCAGUGGAUGACUGAACAUAUUAGAAACCUCAGCGGAUGAUAAUCGACUGGGUACCCGGAGGUACCUCUGGGCAGUGGUGUCUAAACUUCUUUAGUGGCGCCAUAAAUGAAAUGGGGGAAUGAAUAUUUCAGACCAUGUGGGUGAUUUGUCCUAAGAUAAGUCGUUGAUGUAACAUCUCGUAAGCUGCUUUAAAGGUGAAGGCGUUUCGGGUAUUGAGGCUUAAUUGCUGUCAUUUCGGGAAAAUCUGUUUUCACAUUUGUAUAUUGUGCAAAGUGGUUCUAUGUGGGGGUCCCACAUACAGUAAAACCCCUCAAGUUGGACACCCCUAUAUCCUGGACACCCCUUUAUAUUGGACACUUUUAAUUGGAACCA